AUGCUCCAGAUAUCCGCCUCCGGCACGCCCUCCCAAAUCGGCUUUUCCCACGGCACUCUCGCCUCCACCCACAUCGCCCGCUCCCUCACAUUCUACAGUGCUCUUUUCCUCAAAAAAUGCACCAUGGACUGGCCGGCCGUAAAAGGCUUCGCCAUGCAAUAUCACCCCUUCCUCUCUGCCAAUUUCCCGCAAUAUGUCGAGGAGAUGGAGGGGGUAGCCAAGGGUGCCGGGAAGGAAUAUGCGGAUAUCCUGGCGCUGAAUGUGAGGACUGAGAUUGCGUUUGGGGCUUACACUGAUGGGUGUACUGCUAUUUCUUGGAAAUCCACGGAUAAGUCUUAUUUGGGGCAGAAUUGGGAUUGGGAUACUGUAGAAGGGAAGUCCGGCGGGGGUGCUGAUGAGGACGAUAUUUAUAGGCAAUCCGAGAAUUUGAUUUGUUUAAAGAUUGUUAAAGGAGAUGGUCUGACGAUGCAGAUGAUUACCGAAGCGGGGAUAAUUGGGAAGAUAGGUAUGAAUAGUCACGGUGUGGGAUGUACUUUGAACGCCGUGACUGCGAAAGGAGUUUCGUUCUCCAAACUGCCCUGUCAUCUUGCCCUCCGCUCUGUCCUGGACUCUUCGUCCCGGGCAGAGGCGAUAGCUACUCUUGAGAAAUGGGGCGUGGCGAGCUCUUGCCAUAUUCUGGUAGCUGAUACAACGGGCGGCACGGGGCUGGAGUGUAGCAGCGAAGAUAUUGUGCAGUUAGUGAUGGAUGAGGUGGGUGUGGUGGCGCAUACUAAUCAUUAUGUUUUGCCGCACAAGAAAGGAGUCGUGGAGAAGGUGUGGUUGCCUGAUACAAACUUUAGGUUGCGGAAAGCUGGGGAGUCAUUGAAAGGGAAGCAGCCGAGUGACGAUGUGCUGUGGGAAAUUUUUAGGGAUGAAGUUGAGGAGGAUGGCGCGAGUAUUUGUAGGAAACAGACAGAAGUGGCUGGACCGAAUGCUCUUGCUACGCUUUUCGGAAUUGUGAUGGAUUUGGGGGAGAAAAAGGCAGAAGUGUUGGUGGGGAGGCCAAUUGAACCUACUGAAAAAUUGGUGUUCAGCUUGUAG